UUCGGCAGUAUAUAAGCCCCCCAGGAACAAGUCACCACGCGGCUUCAGUCUUCACUUCUUGAGCUUCUUAGACUUCACGCAUACCGUCUCUCAGCAUGUCACCCAAGAAGGCCAAGAGGAGGGCAGGAGGAGGAGAGGGUUCCUCCAACGUGUUCUCCAUGUUUGAGCAGAGCCAGAUUCAGGAGUAUAAAGAGGCUUUCACAAUCAUUGACCAGAACAGAGACGGCAUCAUCAGCAAAGAUGACCUUAGGGACGUGUUGGCCUCAAUGGGCCAGCUGAACGUGAAGAAUGAGGAGCUAGAGGCCAUGAUCAAGGAAGCCAGCGGCCCAAUAAAUUUCACAGUUUUCCUCACCAUGUUCGGAGAGAAGCUGAAGGGUGCUGACCCCGAAGACGUCAUUGUGUCUGCCUUCAAGGUGCUGGACCCAGAGGCCACCGGCUUAAUCAAGAAGCAAUUCCUUGAGGAGCUUCUGACCACUCAGUGCGACAGGUUCUCCGCAGAGGAGAUGAAGAAUCUGUGGGCCGCCUUCCCCCCAGAUGUUGCUGGCAAUGUUGACUACAAGAACAUCUGCUACGUCAUCACACACGGAGAGGAGAAGGAGGAGUAAACGGUCGUGGAGACAAGACAGAAUAUGAAGA